GAAGCGGGCGGUGCCGUUUUUCUCCAUCCGGUGUGUUAGAACCUUUUCACGGCAGACGAAGAAUGGAGAGAGUCGCUAACGGUUGUUAGCGUGAAAACCUCAAUAACAAGGAGAGCGCAGGAAAGCCUCUCAUGAAUCUGCCCCAGCGCUCGGUUAAAGUGGACCUGAGCGGAACACGAGCGGACUCCUGGUCGUGUGGAUUUAUCCCCGUGAAGGUCUCUACCUUCCUUGUGUGACAGAUGUCGAGGCUUAGCAACUGAUCGAGCUGAGAGGGCGAGGUCGGGGAGGCCCGCGGGUUGACGGCUCCAGCUUCUGGCCCAUGAGAGCGACUGUGCCAUCCAGGUGCCACCAGUAACCAGGGCUGUGGCUUCUGCGGUGGGCCCGGCCCAGGAGGCCUCUUUUUGUGCGUCACUCGAGGCUCCUGCUGACCAGUGCUGUGGCACGCCAUGGAUCAACAAAGAGAGAAAUACGGCGAGCGGACGACUAGAGGCACCAAAGUUAACCAGGGAAACCGGAGCGGACACCGACCGUCCGGCUCCUCGAACACCUCCGGCGUUCUCAUGGUGGGACCUAAUUUUCGCGUGGGGAAGAAGAUCGGUUGUGGAAACUUUGGGGAACUGAAGCUCGGUAAAAAUCUCUACACAAAUGAGUAUGUAGCCAUUAAACUGGAACCAGUGAAGUCGAGGGCCCCACAGCUACAUUUGGAGUACCGGUUCUACAAAAGUCUCGGGACCACAGCAGAGGGAGUACCGCAGGUGUUCUACUUCGGCCCCUGUGGGAAGUACAACGCCAUGGUUAUGGAGCUGCUGGGGCCGAGUCUAGAGGAUCUCUUUGACCUUUGCGACAGGACCUUUUCACUGAAGACUGUCUUGAUGAUUGCAAUUCAGCUGAUUUCUCGAAUGGAGUACGUGCACUCUAAAAAUCUCAUCUACAGAGAUGUCAAGCCUGAAAACUUUCUCAUCGGAAGGCAAGGGAAUAAAAAGGACCACAUCAUCCACAUCAUUGACUUUGGCCUAGCCAAAGAGUACAUCGACCCCGAGACCAAAAAACACAUUCCCUACCGGGAGCAUAAGAGCCUGACUGGGACAGCCAGAUACAUGUCCAUUAACACACACUUAGGCAAAGAGCAAAGCAGACGAGAUGACCUGGAGGCUUUAGGGCACAUGUUCAUGUAUUUUCUGCGUGGGAGUUUACCUUGGCAAGGACUAAAGGCUGACACAUUGAAAGAAAGAUACCAGAAGAUUGGUGAUACAAAACGAAACACUCCUAUUGAAGUCCUCUGUGAGAAUUUUCCAGAGGAAAUGGCCACCUAUUUGCGGUAUGUAAGGCGGUUAGACUUCUUUGAAAAGCCUGACUACGAAUAUCUGAGGACUCUAUUUACUGAGCUAUUUGAGAGAAAAGGAUACACGUUUGACUACACUUACGACUGGGUUGGGAGGCAGAUACCCACGCCGGUGGGAUCUGUCCACAUAGACUCUGGUGCCUCUGCGGUAACAAGAGAGAGCCAUCCUCACAGAGACCGGCCCUCGCAGCACGCGCCGGUUCGAAAUCAGAUGGCAGGCUCAGACCGACGAGGAGCAUGGGAGGUGCAGCCCACGCGGCAAGCAAACUCUUCCUAUUUGACCUCCCACCUGGCAGCGGACAGGCACGGGGGCUCAGUACAGGUGGUCAGCUCAACCAACGGCGAGCUGAACGCAGACGACCCGCUGGCUCAAUCCAACACCCCGAUUACACCUCAGGCAGACGUGGAAGUGGUCGACGAGCCCAACUGCGUGAAAAUGCUCAACCUGUGGUGCUGCUGUUUCUUCAGGCGAAAACGGAAGAAGAACACGCCGCGGCACAAAUGAUGAGCCGGGGACCGGAAACGAAUCGUUCCUCGUGUCCACUCAGAGUCGAUUGUGAUUUCAGAAACCUGGAUGGUCCCACUCAGAAUAAAAGAGGGAGUCAACUGAAAGAUUCUGAUUGAAUUGUUCUCGGCCAGGACCGCUUUGACGAGGGGGGGAAAAAAAAGUUAAACACACACAAGAAAAACAAACCGUGGUUUGUGGAGAUGUACAGGAAACAUGUCUUACGAUGGGAGUUUUUUUAUUUUUUGACUCCCCCCACCCCCACUCCUCUAAGUUAUAUGGGAUGUUUUAUAGGUCAGGCGGUCCAAGAAUUGUUUUUUUUUUUUUUUUAUCUCCAUGACAACCAAAAUGUUUUUCUCUCAUCAUUGUUGCCAUAUUUCUUUCUUUCCUUUUUUUUUUCCCCUUUUCUGGAUCAUUUCUCAAUGCAGGACAAGCAGCUGAAUACGCAGAGGCGAAAAGGAGUAUUAGCAGUCUUUCCGGUUCUCACGGGACGUCCCUUCGUCGAACCGAAAUACACUACAGUCCCUCUUUGUACUGUUGGCGAAAAUGAGCAGAGAACUGGUAUUUCUACAUGAGGCUUGAAGGGAGAAAAAGAAAACAAACAAACAAAAAAAAUAGUGCUAUUUAUCACUCUGUUGCUACUACUUUUCCUACACACUGCAUACACACUGAAUGUAUUGACAGAUGAGUGAAAUGACGAGCAUUUCUGUUAUCUCUCCAGUGCAUGGGAAGGAAGUCGCAGUUAAGAAGUCUAACAAAAUUAUUAUUUUUUUGUUGUUGUUAAAAAGUGGAGGGGGAAAAAAGACUCAGACCAAAAACUGAGUUCAGUUCAGAUUAGAAAGGGUUUCCUGGACUUUGUGACCACAACAGCCAUCAGAUGAUGCCACCCUGGAAGGACAGUAUGCUCUGGAGAGUCACCGCCUCUAAAAACUGCUCUGUCCAAUGCCUUAACCUCCAUCCACCAAACCCGACUGGCCGCCGCGUUGUUUCGCCGCUUUGGAUAGCAAGUUAACAGCAUGGUCGUGCGAUUUUUCUUUUUCUUUUAUUUAUUUAUUUGGUUUGUGCGUGUGUUUUCCAAAUUACUAAACCCAAAGGAAGAGACUGUUUCGCAGCCAUUAAAGGCCGGCCACGGCUUUUCUUUUCUUAACACGGAAAUGUAUUUCCCACCGAAAGGGAGGGAAACAAAAAAACAACAAAAACAAACAAAAAAAACAACAAACAAACAAAGCCAAAACCGAAGGCGCUCCCCUCCCACCAACGCCACCACCGGGGCCGCCGCUCGAACCGCGGCUCCUCUCCACCGCGGCUGAGACGGACAGAAACUCGGCGGCGGAGGAAAUGCCUUGAAACAACAUCUCACCUUGCCUAUCAUAACAUAUAAAAAACAGACUUUCAUUUGUUUUCAUUCUAUGCUAAUGUGAAUUCUGUCUGAUGCAAUUAUAGUUUUGUUGUUUUCAUUCCGGUCAGCCAUGGUUUUUAUAGGGAAAGAGAUAGAUUGGGGGGAAGUGGGAGUAAGCAAAACAAAGCUUGAUUAUUUCUGCACUACAUUCGUUUGACCCCGGCUUUCCCAGAGGAGACCCUGCCUUCUUAAAAAACAAAACAAAAACGUGCUUGAACGUGCUUAUUACUUUAAUUGUAGCUGCCUCGUGUGCUGGUUGGGGAGGGCUCAUUCAAUUUGGUGCCAUGGCCACCCUCCACUCAACCCUCCGUUCCCUCCGCACACAGAUACGUUUUAAGUGUAAGAUGAAGCGACACUCGGUGGAAUGUUCGCUUCGGCGUUUCGUGGACCUGCUCCAUUAGAAUGUUGUAGAUGAGUCCUAGUUGUAUUUACACUGUACAGCCCGGUUUGUUUGUUUUUUAAGCCUGCCCCUCUCUCAACCCGGCGUGUGACUUUCUCCGGGGAGCCUAAGUUAUUGUGUUAUCGAAAGUACUUGAAUAUGUAAAUCUAUAGGAACAUUUUAUUGUUUGUUUUUUCCUUUUCUUUUCUCCUCCUCCUCUUCUUUUUUUUUUUUUUUUUUUUGCUUCCUUUGUUCGCAGAAACUCCACGUAAAAGUUUUAAUGGGGAAAUGGGAGAAGAAGCUAUUUGAAUGACCGAUUAUUCAUUUAUUCGUCCGUGGCAGUUGGAUCCGUGUCGCUCCAGUUUCCUGUGCUAAAAACAGUUCCGUUUAUCGAGAUGGAGUAAUCCAGACUAUUUAGCCUUCUCCGCUCUCAGCCCGAUUCUCCCGCCGAGUGCCAUUUCCGAGACUACUACUACUUUUGCUACUACCCCAUGCCUUUUCCUGUACCAGGAAAAUGUCAAGAUGAAUGUUUUCCUCUUUCACUCCACCCCGCGUCCUUAAAUGCGUCGCCUAUCGUUUCUUUCUUUUCUUCUUCUGCAGAGCAGCGCAGCUUUUUAAACGACUCGUUCCGUCUUAAAAGUCCUAAAAGGAAGGGGGCCAAACCCACCGCCUUGUGGACCCACGCUUACUGCUGAGUUUGUGACGCAGCAUCUAGUUCUAUAGCUUCUGGCUGAGCUGGUAUAUAUAGCUAUAGUACUCUGGAUUUGUCUUAAAGGCGAGCGGUCUCUUUAUCUUAGAUCCGCGAGACGAUGCAACUUCCGCUCCUCGCGACCCUUUCUGUCCUUUUUUUUUUUUUUGCUACACAUUCCAGUUCUGUUCCGACUGUUCAUGUCAGUCACGGUUUAUGGCUUUCGUGUGUAUUUAUGUACGUGUGUAAAUCAAAUUAAAGCAAAUGAGCGCAUGAAUGAUUUUUUUUGGGGGGGUUUCUCUGGCACUUUCCCCCCCACCCGUCGUUGCUGUACUGUAGGGUUGUUUGAUUUACUGUACCUUGUUUCUUUGAGGGAGAGGUGAUAUGUACUGCAAUAUUGUGCUAAUUAUUUGAACUGUAAAUUGUACAGAGCCUCACAAUUGUAGUCUUUGUUGGGAAUUUCUAUUAAAAAAAUGAUUUCUGAUUUUUUUUUUUUCUCAGACUGUGGAAAAUCAAUUUGUACAGCUCCAAGAAUCUAUCUUUCCCUCUGCAUUUUUUUUUCUGUUUUUUUUUUUUUUUUUUUUUUUUUUAAUAGAGCUGUGAUUAAGAUAAAUCCUUAAUCUGUAAAUAAAUAAUAUUGUGUUGAAAUAUGAAUGUCACUUCAAAAAAUGUAUUUGAAUGAGUUAGUCAAGGGCUUCAAGUAUGAAGGACCCACCAUUUCUUCUUUUUAAUGAUUUCAUAUAUUUAAGUUGCAGAAAGGUUAAUGGCCUUUUUAUCUGAUAUGACUGUUUUUUUCCCUUUGUUUUUCUCGGACUCAUGAAAUGGUGUCUCACACAUGAACCUUCUAAAAAUCACUUUUUAUUCCCUCCACACCUAAAGGGAAUCUCCAAUUUGCACCCUUUUUAUGUAAAAUAAAAGAUCUGUCCACCUUUUUCA